UGGCAUCACAUGACUCUAACAUGGCAGCUUCCGUGAUCAUAAACUUUUUCUUGCUUGCUUUAUUUGCAAGUUUAUGUCAUACUGCAUUUGGACAGUGGCCAAUUCCGUAUCGGCGUUUCAAAUACAGACCAAUAUCCAAUACAUACUGCAAAGCAGGAGUGAUUCCAUUUUGUCCAACAGGACAGCUACCAAAUUCAAUGCCCAAAUUUAAGCCAGAUGACAAAGUCCAGCUAUUUGCAAUGAAAAAACCAGUAUGGCAGUUCAAGUUUGGAAAUACGCUUGGGAAAUUUCACAUCAUACAUGAUGCUUUAGGGAUACGUAAUCUGAACACAGGCCUGAAUUAUACAAUGGAAUGGUACGAGUUGUUUCAGCUCUUUAACUGCACAUUUCCUCACAUUGUCAAUGAGUCACUGCUGUGGUGUAAUCAGGGAGCAACAUGUAUUUAUGAUGGCAUUGAAGACAAACUGUGGAAAGAGAAUGGGACACUAAAGCUCAUAGCUAACACUAACGGUGAUGUGUUCAACCAAUUUGCAGAAUGGGUUUUGUGGGACAACACAACUGGACUUUAUUAUGAGACUUGGACAGUCAGAGACAAACCGGAUGGGAAGUUGUGGUUUGAUUCAUUUGACUGUGCCAGUUGGGUUUUAAGGGCACUUCAAGAAUUUGGGAAGCUGGGAGUCAAGUUUUACCAGAGUGUAAAACUGAACUACACCCGCAUAAAUUUGUUCUCAGAUACCCCAAGGUACCUUGGAAAUGCCUCUGUGGUGUUUGCUAACAAAACACUCAAGAAUGAUGUCAUGAAAUUCUACUCCAAAUUUCAAGCACACGUGGCCAGCCCACUACUGAUAGAGCAUUUAAUAUCUGCCCUGGAAGAGAUACUCAUUGAGAACAAAUUUUAUUUCUUUUACAAUGAGGAGUAUUGGUUUUUGCCAGUGAAAUCUCCUCAUGUGAAAUUAACUUAUAAUGAAGUACCUCUGCCAUCUUGAAUGGUAUUCCAAGGUUAUUUUUAUUUCUUGUCUUGUGUACUAUCAAAAAUGCUCAAUUUUGUCACUAAAAACAUUCAUGGGGUGAUCUUUAAAAAUUGUUUGUAUACCCUUUCCUGACUGACUGCCUAAAAAUGGCCCACUCAAAACUUUUUUAACCUCUAAGAAACAGUUUUCUUUUUAUUCAUGGAGUUUCUCAUCCUGUCAAUAUGUAUGUUUCAUUUUUUUACCCUGGGUUGGGAGAGGGGCAAACAAACAUUAUUUUAAAGAUGGCUUAACAAUAUUAGAUGUUAUCAUUCAAAAUUAAUCACUAUAAUUUAUGAAACACGGGUAUUUAUACAUUUUCACUUUUCAGCAAAUCUAGUCAUGUAGCAUUAAUUCAAGUGAUAUUAUUCCUGAUGGACAGGUCAGUCUUUAAAAAAAGUUUUAUAAUAACGAUGCUUUAAUACUCAUGAUGAGUGUACUCAGAUUGGGCAUUUGUAAUGUGGCUUACAAUGUAUAUAUUUUUCAAUGAUGUAACCAAGAAUAAAUCGGUAUUAAAUUAAUUUGUACUAUUAUUUACUAAUGUUUAAUCAACAAAUCUGUGAUAAAAAUGUUUACAAUACUGGUGCUCAAUUAUAUUUAUUAC